AUGGAGGAUUUCCCGCCGAGUUACGGGGUGGUUGGUGAGGAGCCGGUCGAGGAGGCCGAGGCCCAGGUGGCGGCCUGGAGUGGGGACAGCGGCAAUGUGUCGCUGAGCCACGGCAGCGCCUCGGGGCCGUGGGAGGACGAGGGCCCGGAGUCGGGCGCGCCGAGCCGGGAUCCGCCGCUGCUGCGCCGCGCCGCCGCGGGCUACGCCUCCUGCCUGCUGCCAGGCGCGGGGGCGCGGGCCGAGAUCGGGGCGCUGGACGCUAGCCUGGAGGACCUGCUCACCAGGGUGGACGAGUUUGUGGGCAUGCUGUACAUGCUGCGCGGCGACUCCUCUCACGUAGUCGGCGAGGGCGUGCCUCUCAUUUACGCCAAGGCCACCGAGAUGCGGCGAGUCUACAGCAAGAUCGACCGGCUGGAGGCCUUUGUGGGCAUGGUCAGCGCCAGCGUAGCCAGGCUGCAGGAGCAGGUCGCCAGGGCGGAGGCCGAGCUGGGGACGUUCCCCAGUACGCUCAGGAAACUGCUGCCCACGAUUAACGUUCCCUCGUUUUUCCACAAGCCGCCCUCCGGCAGGUCCCAACUGACGGGCUACGAACACCCCGUCGUCUUUCGGAUGGAAGACCAUUUUCCCUGUUGUAGCGAAAGACAUCAGGUCUGA